CCGCUUGGUUACAUCUCACGGGAGACGGAACCGCGCGAGCACAAGAGAAACAGAGAGGAAGGCAGAGCAACGCAACAGAGGAGGGCGGGGAGCAGGACAGGAGAGGGGGCGAGCUAUAAGUAGAACACAACCACCUCUUCUCUCCGCCUACCCGCCUCAUCCAUUCUGAUCCAAAUCCCGACCCCAACGCCUUCGGCAGAAAGGGAGCAGUCAAAUCCCAAACCCAAUUCCAACGCCUUCGGCAGAAAAGGCAGCAGCAGCAGUAGUAGUCGUCGUCUUGCGGAUACGGUAGUGCGGGUCGCGGCGCGAUUAAAGCCGGCUCCGUUCGGCUUCGAUUCGGCGGGGAGGCGUUUGUGAAUGGUGAACGGCGAAGAGGAGUGCACGCGGGCGUCGCUGCUGGGGAGGUAUGAGAUCGGGCGGACCCUCGGGGAGGGCAACUUCGGCAAGGUCAAGUACGCGCGCCACCUCGCCACCGGCGCCCACUUCGCUGUCAAGAUCCUCGACCGCAACAAGAUCCUCUCCCUCCGCUUCGACGACCAGAUAAGGAGGGAGAUUGGGACAUUGAAGCUGCUCAAGCACCCCAACGUCGUCCGCUUACAUGAGGUUGCCGCUAGCAAAACGAAGAUUUACAUGGUGCUUGAAUAUGUCAAUGGGGGUGAGCUAUUCGACAAGAUCGCCAUAAAAGGAAAACUCUCGGAACAUGAAGGAAGGAGGCUAUUUCAACAGCUAAUUGAUGGUGUGGCUUAUUGCCAUGAUAAAGGUGUCUAUCACAGAGAUCUAAAGCCAGAAAAUGUUCUUGUUGAUCGCAAAGGCAACAUCAAGAUCUCCGACUUUGGUCUUAGUGCUUUACCUCAACAUCUUGGGAAUGACGGAUUACUGCAUACAACAUGUGGCAGUCCCAAUUACAUUGCUCCAGAGGUUUUGCAGAACAGAGGUUAUGAUGGCUCCUUGUCAGAUAUCUGGUCUUGUGGAGUAGUUCUCUAUGUAAUGCUCGUUGGAUACCUUCCUUUUGAUGACCGGAAUCUUGUUGUCCUUUAUCAGAAGAUUUUCAAGGGAGAUACCCAAAUCCCAAAGUGGCUUUCACCUGCUGCACAGGAUCUUCUUCGUAAAAUUCUUGAACCAAAUCCAAUGAAGAGGAUGAACAUAAAGGAAAUCAAAGAGCACGAGUGGUUUCAGAAGGACUACAUUCCUGUUGUUCCUUACGAUGAUGAUGAAGAUGUAAAUCCUGAUUCAGUUCUCCCAAUGAAAGAGCAAAUUGAUGAAGCAGGACAGGAAAAGCCUACUCAUAUCAAUGCUUUUCAGCUGAUAGGGAUGGCAUCUUCCCUUGAUUUAUCAGGUUUCUUUGAGGAAGAGGAUGUGUCACAAAGAAAGAUAAGGUUCACAUCAACACAUUCACCCAAGGAUUUGUUUGAAAAAAUUGAGAAUGCCGUGACAGUGAUGGGAUUCCAAGCUCAGAGGGGACAUAGUAAGCUCAAAGUCAUGAAGAAGUGCAAAAAUUCAAAGAACCCCCAAAAUCCAUCACCAUUCUUGGCCUGUGCUGAGGUGUUUGAGCUUGGGCCUUCUCUGUACGUAGUUGAACUGAAGAAAUCCCAUGGAGAACCUCUACUGUAUAGACAGCUGUGCGAGAAACUGUCGGAUGAGCUGGGUGUGUGCAAGACGGAGCAGAUUCCAAGGACAGAGUCACUGGACUCUGAUCUAGCGAGUUUCGAUGACGGAUCGCCUCUCUCGGGUUUCUGAGAAAUGCUGCGUUGGGUUGUUUUUAGGAAAAGGAAUGAGGAACAUGCUUGGUUCUCGAAAUUCCUGAUUUCUGAUACAGCUGUAGCUUAGGUUCAUGCAUAUAGUGUACAAAGCGAGUGGCGCAAAUUAGCCACCGAGUUGAAAUAUAAGGAAAUGAUUCAAUUAUUGUCA